CUUGAUAACUAAACCAAUUCAAUCCGGACCAAUGGAGUUGGGAGGGCGAUAACAGUAGUUGUAAUAUAACGAUAACGUAAGUAAACUUAGAUUAGUUAGUAGAUGAUGGAGUCUGUACUACGUACCGUAGCGAAAUUUCACGUGAGGAGUGCUUAUUAUGUCGGAAAGAUCGUUCGAACUUACAGUACAAUACACGAACCUAACGGCCCAUCUGUCGUUACUCAAGAUAUCCCGGGUCCAAAAUCCACGAAAUUAAAGGGUGCUUUAAGUGCCAUACAGAACACAGAUGCAGUGCAGCUUUUCAUAGAUUAUAAUAAGUCAAUAGGUAACUAUAUGUGUGACGUAGACGGUAAUUACUUCUUAGAUGUGUAUAAUCAGAUAGCAUCUUUGCCACUGGGAUACAACCAUCCUGCUAUCUUGGAGGCUGUCAGCGAUCCAAAAAAUUUCACCGCAUUCGCAAAUCGUCCAGCAUUAGGUAUACUUCCGCCUUCGGACUUCGCAGAGAGAUUACGCUCCGCUCUUAUCGACAUCGCGCCACCGGGAUUGAAAGAGGUCCAGACUAUGGCUUGUGGUUCGUGCUCAAAUGAAAACGCAUUCAAAGCCGCCUGUUUUUGGUACAUGAAGAGGGAACGCGGAGGCCAGGCCCCCGGCGAAGAAGAUCUUAAUAGUUGUCUGUGGAAUAAGACUCCCGGUUCGCCAACUCUCUGUAUACUCUCUUUUGCGGGAGGUUUCCACGGGCGUACUUUUGCCGCUCUUUCGACCACUCAUUCCAAGUCGAUACAUAAAUUAGACAUACCCGCUUUCGACUGGCCGAUAGCUGAUUUCCCGAAGUACAAAUAUCCUCUCGAAGAGCAUUCCGAUUACAAUGAAAAAGAGGAUGCAAAAUGUUUAGAAAAGGUGGAAGAUUUAAUAGAAACAUACCAGAAAAAAGGUAAGCCGGUUGCUGGUUUAAUCGUGGAACCGAUUCAGGCCGAAGGAGGAGAUAAUCACGCUUCUACCGACUUUUUUACUAAGUUACGUACGUUAGCUGCAGAAAAAGGUGUAGCUUUUAUAUGUGACGAAGUACAAACUGGCUGUGGUACUACUGGAAAAUUUUGGGCCCACGAAUUUUGGAAAUUAAAGGACCCACCCGAUAUUGUAACAUUUAGUAAAAAGAUGCUUACGGGUGGUUAUUUUUAUAAAGACAGCUUUCGUCCAAAUGAAGGAUACAGAGUUUUCAACACCUGGCUUGGUGAACCUUCAAAAUUAAUAUUAUUAGAACAAGUCGUAAAAGUAAUGAAAAAAGAUAGACUUGUCGAAAGUAUGGCGACGACUGGAUCCUAUCUAUUAAAAGGUUUAAAAGAAAUUAAUUCCUCUCAUCCUUCAAUUGUACAUAAUCCGAGAGGAAAAGGAACAUUCUGUGCUAUAGAUUUUAAUGAUGCCGAAACCAGAAAUAAAGUAAUAAAUCUGUUACAUAAGAAAGGUAUCCAUUGUGGUGGUAGUGGUGUCAGAACACUACGAAUACGAACGGCCCUCAUUUUUAAAAAUAACCAUGCCGAUAUUUUAUUGGAUCGCUUAAAACAAGUGGUAGAAGAAAUUAAGUAAUUGAAGUAUUUUCUCGUUGAUAAGAUUCGUAAACGCAGAAAGUUGUUACAAUCGAGUUAAGUUUUAUUUUCUUUGUUUAAUUACAUUUUUUAUCAAAAUAUAUAGAUAUUGUACAAUAUAUACAUAAAUAUUUUAUAAGUACAAGUACCUAAUAUAUACGAAUACCUCAAUUUUAAUAGUAACUGUUGGAAUUUAUUCAUUUUUAUUUUUUAAAUAUUUUCAAUAUUUAUAUAUUUCAAAUUUUUUGUUGAAUUUAUUAUAUUAAUCAUAAUU